AUGUCGUGGCAUACAGAUUUCUUGCAGCCUGCCUUCCUCCCUUACGACGCUACUCUUAAUUUUCUAGAAGAAUCAUUAAUGUCCUAUGGAGUACUCAAAGAACUCUCUCCUAAAAAGACUGACAAUGAUUUCAAAAUUAAAUACAAAACAGAACGAUGCAAGAACUGGGAAGCUGGAAUCUGUGAAUUCGGUAGUCGAUGUGCAUUUGCCCAUGGCGACUCAGAAUUAAGAUUGCGCGGCCAUGCAACCAAAAAUUACAAAACAAAAAAAUGUAAACAAUUUUUUGAGCUCGGGUAUUGUAUUUAUGGGUAUCGAUGCCAAUUCAAACAUAGAGAUAAUUCACCCGAUAUUGAUGCAAAAUGCUCAAGGAAUGGUUUUAUAGAAAAUAUGCCAGGGAAUAAAAGGCUUUCGAUUUUCAAACAACUAGAAAACAGAGGCAAUUAA